AGAUCCGUUUGUGGGUCGGGGAAAGGGAAGAGAGGAAGAAGAGGCGUCGCUGUCUGGGUUAUAACCCGUGUUUGGCUGCUUACAGAGCCGUGCUAAUCUCCCUCCCCUGACCGGCUGUCUCACCCUUAACGUCACGAUACUGAAACCAAAGGAAUGCGACACGUUCAGUGUUUCCGAGCCCACGGCCACUCCACACGGCGCUGCUCCUCACACGGUUAAAUGUCACGGCUUCCGUGUCCGUUUGGAGUGUUUUAAUGAAGACUGUGGACUCGGUUUGACUUGGAUUUCUCCGCGGAAUCAACUUUGUUGCUCCAGGGUGUCUGCUGGGUUUUCCCUCGACGUGUUCUCAGGUGGAUUCGGUUCUGCUUCGGGUUUAAAGUCUGAUGCUUGCUUGCAGCAGCCUCGGCCAUCGCCACCAUGUUUGCCAAAAAGAAGAAGUCUCGAAUCCAGAUAUCUUCCCCCUCCAACUUCGAGCAUCGUGUCCACACGGACUUUGACGAGCAGGAGCAGAAGUUUGUCGGGUUGCCUCGCCAAUGGCAGUCCCUCAUCGAAGACACGGCCAAGAGGCCCAAACCUUUUAUCGACGCGACGGUCAUCACAACUGUAGAGCCACGAAAGACAAUCGUAAGAGGCAGCAAGCUGGGAGCAGACGGCUCUUUAACGUGGCUGCUGGAUGAGUUCGACACCAUGUCUGUGACCCGCUCAAACUCCCUGCGACGAGGCAGCCCUCCCAUUCAGCCUCGCAGAGACUCCGGCUCUUCAGGUGGAGUAGGGGGAGAACAGGAGAACGGAGACCCUCAGCACAGGCACUACUCACACCCAGACAGACAAGACAGGGACAGACACAGGCAGGACCACCAGGGUGGAGUAGACCGUCAGCGUGGAGUCCAUCCUCAUCUGAGAGAUGAGGGUAUACAGGGUCGGCCCCAACAGCAGCCUCGGGGCCAGGAGCCCAGCAAGGCCUACAGGGACCGAGCCGGCUCGGGACAGCACCCUUCUACUCACAGAGACAGAGAUCCUCGGGACCGGGACCAGGAGCAGGUGGUUCGCAGGGACCAACCAAGCGACCACAGGCCCAAGUCCAGCUAUGUGGCACGCGACGGCAGUCCCACGUCUCCAAGGGACAAGAGGCCUCUCUCCGGACCAAACAUUCGAACCCCAAACUUGCCAAUAACUGAAGGUGUGAUGAAGACCUCCCAACAGACCACAGGGCCGUUUAAUACGUACCCGAGGGCAGACAGUGAAGGUGGACGCAGUCCCACGGGACAGGUGGGCCGGCACCAUGAAUCCUCGCCCCAGAAUGGACCCUCCAGCAGCUCCGCCCGAGGCUCUUCCACCUCCAAACCCCCGGUUAGCCACCCGCAUUCCCAUCAUGCCUCCCACCCCAGCCUGACCCAUGACUCCUCUCAGCACCCGCACAGCCCUCACCCCAACGUCCCUGCCCCACGUCCCCCUGUGCCCACCGGGCCACCGGGAUCAGCCGCUAUGCCUCAGGGCCGCUCACCCCAGAGGGAACCGCAGAGGGUUUCCCACGAGCAGUUUAGAGCGGCGCUACAGAUGGUGGUUGAUCCUGGCGAUCCGCGUACCUACCUGGAUCACUACAUUAAGAUCGGUGAGGGGUCCACGGGAAUCGUCUGCAUCGCCACGGUGAAGACCACAGGAAAACUGGUCGCUGUGAAGAAGAUGGACCUGAGGAAGCAACAGCGCAGAGAACUUCUCUUCAAUGAGGUGGUGAUCAUGCGUGACUAUCACCAUGAGAACGUGGUGGAGAUGUACAACAGUUACCUGGUAGGAGAUGAACUCUGGGUGGUCAUGGAGUUUCUGGAGGGAGGAGCUCUCACUGACAUCGUGACGCACACAAGGAUGAACGAGGAGCAGAUCGCCACCGUGUGUCUGUCCGUUCUAAAGGCGCUGUCCGUCCUGCACACUCAGGGUGUGAUCCACAGAGACAUCAAGAGCGACUCCAUCCUCCUGACUCACGAUGGCCGGGUGAAGCUGUCAGACUUUGGUUUCUGCGCUCAGGUUUCUAAGGAAGUCCAGAGAAGGAAGUCUCUGGUCGGAACGCCAUACUGGAUGGCACCAGAGCUUAUAUCCAGGCGGCCUUAUGGACCAGAGGUGGACAUCUGGUCUCUGGGCAUCAUGGUGAUAGAGAUGGUGGACGGAGAGCCACCAUACUUCAAUGAGCCGCCGCUCAAAGCCAUGAAGAUGAUUCGGGACAAUCUGCCCCCCAAACUGAAGAACUUACACAAGGUCUCCCCUCUCCUCAAAGGCUUCCUGGAGCGGAUGUUGGUGUGGGAACCGGCUCAGAGGGCCACGGCCAACGAGCUCCUGAAGCACCCCUUCCUGUCGAAGGCCGGCCCUCCGUCCUGCAUCGUCCCCCUGAUGCGGCAGAACAGGUUGAGAUGAAACGGGACACUAAAGACCUCCGGGCUGUGAAGGCGACUCAGGUGGAACAGAAUACUCCUGCACACACAGCCGAGGCCUGUUGUUCACGUCGAACAUUCGGGAAAGGAAAAGAAGCUGUGCGGGAGUAUUCUCUUUAUCUGGUGUGAGUCACUGAACUGUGGGGAACUCGUUCCCUGAAUAAGAGGCAAUAAUGAUGGUGUGUGUGAGUGUGGGUGAAUGUGUGCGGCGUAUGUUUCUGACGCUGCUAGCCGCAGCGUGUCACGACUCGAGGUUGAGUUGUGAAGGAGCAGCAGAGGAGCCGCAGCUCCUGAUGUUUCUUUUUGUCAUGGAGGAGCUGGACGCAGUACAGGCUCGUUUUAUAUCGUCUGCUUGGUCUACAGCCGGUUUCUGUGAAGGUGGGGUGUGCCCACCAGUAGAUGCUUUGAAGGAGUCUGUGACGGUUGGAGUAACUUUCUAAUCUCUCUUACGGACAAUCUGCAAACGUUUUAACUACAGAGACUGAUCCUGACCUUUGAACCCCUCACGCAGCCUGAAUUUACUACUGACAGCGGCGACCUUUGGACUCGGACUGUAUUUUGUAGCUAUAAAUGUCCUAGCUUCCUGUAAACAAGCAGAAACACACUAAGUGAACAUGUAAACACUGGAGUCAUGGUAGCAGAGGACGUUUUCCACUUAUUUCCUGGUAUUCCUGUGUAAGGACAGGGACCGUAGAGAGCGGUUUAUCCUUUUUAUAAUUUUCUGUCUUUGUUUUGUGUUUGUUGGAUUUUGUUUUUUAUAGAGUGAAACUUAUCAAGCACUGGUGAAGAGAGAUGCAUAGAAGCUGCACUCCCACUUCAUGUUUGCUUCACCAAACCUUUUAAAUGUAGUUUGUUUUGUUUUGUUUUAGAUUAGACACGUCAGAGCAUUAACCAAUCAGCACACAGUCCCAUAACACUAAGUCAAAACUAACCAAUUCACGGUUUAUUUUUUAAUACCCUAAACUGUAGCAUUUUAGAAGGAUAGACUUUUCCUUGUUUGAUUUGUAAUUUAAUUUUUUACUGGAGAAAAUGGACUAAAAACACUCUCUUCUUAAAAUUUUCUCUUCUGUGAUGUUUUUUUUAUUUCUCCUUUAACAAACUAAUUUUACAGUAAACGACCGAUAAAAUGGACCUUUUUUGUUCCUGAACUACACUGUUUGUCUGCUUAAUGCCACACUGUUCUUCUCCUGAUUCCUGCUUUCCUAAUGAGCCCUGAAAGCAGCACAUGGUGGGUUUUAGGCCUCUAGAGUAAAUCUGCUGAUUUCCAGUUUACAAGCUGGUGGUAGCUCGUGUUGGGCAGUUUCUACCAUCUGAAUAUGGCUUCUUGGUUAGAACCUGUUCUUAACUGGUUCUGUAGAAACAGCACCAGCUCACUGCCACAUAAUAACGUCUCUUCCAGUAAAUGUUUGACCCUCCCCUUGUUGUAUCCUGGGUUUCCUUCGAGCAUCACUGUUUGUCCCAUUAUCACUGCAAACAACUGUCUGACUUAUUUUAUAACAGCUGGUGUUUUUUUUUGAACAGUCCUUACGAAUCAGACCAGCAUUUCUGACCAGUUACCAGCUUUUAUAAACAGCCGAAUUAAUGUUAGCUCCACUCACAGUUUGCCCUUUCACCCGCUCAUGCUCCCAGUUUGUAACCAGCAGUUGAUAUUCAUCCCAGCUAAUUAAUCUCAUACGCAUUAUCAGACCAUCGGGUCGUGGGGGGAACAGGUUCUGGAGAGAGACCCAGACAGCCCUCUCCCCAGCGACAUCCUCCAGCUCAUACUGGGGGAUCUCAAGGCGUUCCCAGGCCAGAUAUAGUCCCUCCAUCGUGUUCUGGGUCUUCCCCGGGGUCUCCUCCCAGUGGGACGUGCCAGUGAGGCGUCCUGAUCAGCUUUCGAUGCGGAGAAGCAGUGGCUCUACGUAGAGCUCCCCCCAGAUGACGGAGCUCCUCACCCUAUCUCUAAGGCUGAGUCCAGCCACCCUACGGAGGAAGCUCACUUCAUCCGCUUGUAUCUGGGAUUUCGUUUCCUUCCACGUCUCAUAACCGUAGGUCAGGGUUGGAAUAUAGACAGUAAAUCGAACGGAGGGAGCAGACGAACCCCCAGUGAGUUCGUCCGUCCCCGUUCCAUCCAACCAUCACUCGUGAACAAGACACGGCCAUUAUCAAACCAGCUUCUACUAAAUGUGCUUAGCCUUUGUGUGUCAGUUAAUAUCUCUUGGUUAUUAAACAUAUUCAUUGGUGGUAAUUAAUCAUUAUAAAGAUGUUCAUAUUUCUCUAAGAAUUUACUUGCAUUAGCUGCUGAAGGUUUUAAAUUACACCUUACUUCCAGUGGUUAAGGUUCUGAUCUACAUUUGGGCCAGCUGGCUGCCAUGAUGUAUAUGAGAUUAUGACUCAUUUCCAAACAGAAACUCCUGCCUGGCAGAAGAUGCUACAGUUCAAACCACUUAUUUAAAUAAAUAAACCAGCACAAACCCUUUUUAUUUCCUUCCGGUCUGACAUUUAAUGAGAAUAUUUCUUGAUUUUUAGGAUUAAUAAAGUCGCUAAAGGAUGAACUCAAAGGAUUUUUAAAGAUUUGUUUAAAGCUUGUUAGAAUUGCUCUUUAAGUUUCAAACAUUUUGGGUUUUCUUCCACAAUCUUCUCUCAGACGUUUGCUGAAGUUUUGGCCCAUUCCUCCGGACAGAACUGGUGUAACUGGGUAAGGUUUGUAGACCGCCUUGCUCACACACACCUUUUCAGCUCUGUUUAAAAAUGUUCUAUUGGACUUGGAUCAGAGCUUUGUGAUGGCCACUCCAGAACAUUGAUUUUGUUGAUUGUGUGGCAAUUUGUGACCAAUCAAUAAUUUGUGCCCAAACCUUAACUUCCUGGCGAGCGUCGUGAGACGUCUCUCUCCCUGAGAGCAUUUACUAACCGUAAUUUAACUUUAUUGGCCUGUUUUGGAGUAAUAUCUUCUUCCUCGCUGAGUGGCUCUUCAGCCCAUUUCAGUACAGGACUUGUUUCACUUGAUAUCUUCAGCAGCGUCUGCAAACCAGCUGGUUUCAUAAGAGCGAACUGGCCCAAAUGUGGAACAGAACCUAAAUAAAUGGAAAAUAAUCUAAAUGUAUUUUAAAUAAAUCAGGAAAAUGCUACCAUAAAGAGAAAUAAACCGAUGCACAAUAUAUAUAUUACAGAUAUAAAAAGGAAAUGGGGGGGGGGGGAGUCAGAAAUGGCAAGACGUUGGUCCAAAAACGGUGGUACAAGACGGUGAAGAUGGUGAACCGAGCCAGAGCCGAAUGUUCAGGUGGUCGGUAAGAUAAAAAAGCAGACGGCUCUUUUUUAUCUGCAGAGGUCGGAUAGGAAAGAACUGAAACUAAAAAGACUUGAAUGAUGUUCUGUGUUGUGCAACAAGCAGAACUGACUUUGAGUUGAAAGUUUCAACCGUCUCGUUGCAACCACCUCCAGCAGAACUUUCCUCUGGCAGAAGCAGAAACACAUUAUGCUAAUCCAACACUGGAACCAUGAAACUGGACCGAUAAAACAAAUGGCUGAAAGACAGGAGACCCUUAUCAGCUGUUUUUAUGAAAAAUAUACUAUUUUCUACAUAAAAACUAGUUAAUUUAGCAGCCAAAUGGCAGUUAUCGUAAAGGCUAACAGUGAAGGUGAAGAACUGGUUAACAUCACUGUACAAAGAAAGCUUUAAAACAGAAGUUUAUUUUCCCUCAGACUGGAAGAUAAACAGCUGCAGAAAUGUAAUGUUGACAUUCCUUUAUGAUGAUUCCUCGUGUUCGAUGUGCUGAUAAACAGACUGUUAAACUGAACAACCUGCAAAUAAACCGUGGCCUUCGGCCUUCCGGUUCAGCCGCUGAAUUUAGCCUCUUCGUUCUUCCAGACUCAUCAUUCAAACGAAAUGACAAUCGGAUGCAGUGAAGAUCGUCUUUAUUGGUGAACUUUCCGUUUGAAAACCGAGCUCGGGAUUUAAUUUGGAUCAGAUCACAUAGAAUCUGAUGGAGACCUCGCUUUCUGCUGGAAUCCGGUUAAAAAGGCGAGUCUGUUCAAUGUAUCCUGCUGUUUUUUAUGAGAAUAAACCGGAACAAACGGUCUGUGGUUCCAAAUCUGUGGUUUUGAAAUGAAAUAUACAAAAUCAAUGAUUCUGUGACCUGCAGAUCAUUUUUAUUUCUGUAAAAUGAUGUUUUUUCCUCUGUAAACUCUAACAUCCACUACAAGAAUAAAAAUAAACACAUUAAAACCUG